AUGACGAGAAGACAGUUAAGCAGGAGCGAUGUGAAGAGCAGAGUGACGAGAAGAGAUCGGUUAUCGCAUCUAGGGCAAGAGGAUGAAGCGCAACCCGGACUAAGUGAAGAAAGUCGGGAUCCGGCUAGAGCGUACGGCCUGCCAACUCGAGGUGGAGGAUCAGCCUUGCAAAGGAGUAGCAGUGAGGAACGCGUUCUUGAAAGUCCAACCGACGUCGCAGACACGAUCAGACGUGUGAGUAGUCACGAGGAUUUCAACAGUCAGGAGCAUUUGCAUAUUUUAUCGCAUCUCGGUCAAGACAUAGGUCAUGGAGUGAGAUGCGGAGGAUUACCGCUUCACGAGAGAACUAAUGUUUCGCCAGUUUCAAAAAAAUCAUUAUCAGUACCUUCGCCGUGCGAAGUAGUUGUGGCGACUGAGAAAUAUGAUUGUGAUGCUGAAAAAUUAAGAAGUAGCGAACGCUUUAGUAGAAGUGUUACUCCAAGAGGUAGAAGACAAGCGCGUAGGAGGAGAGUACAUAAAAUUACAGAUACAGAUCAGAAUUCUAGCAAGGAAAACGAAGAGGAGUCUGAGAAUAUGUGUAUCUCCAGUGUAUCACCGAAUCCUAAUAGCCGUAAUGACUCACCAGCUCAAAGCUUUCUGGAAAUGUUGAGCAGCGGACCGAGCAGAUCGCCUUCGCCAGCUCGUCCACCUACUGUCAAUCACGAAGAUGUAAAUAAUCCCAGUUUAACCAAUUGGAGUUUUCAACAUUUGGAAGAAAACAUGCAAAAUAGCGCUCAAAGGUUUUAGUUUGAGAAACACAUUCCGGCCAACGAAAGCAAGAUCAGUAGACGAUUUGUUCAACAAAGGCAAGAUCAAUGGACGAUAAAGGCAAGA